CACGAGGCAAGGACCAGCGGAGGAGCACAACCGGACGGGUCCUCACCAAUGAAUACCACCGCAGGUUCAGGUGAUGAAUCUAGUACGCCAGCACGAAUGACCACAUCCCAUUCGUCAUCGGGCCUCAAGACACGUCUCUUCAAUGUGCUUGGCAUCAAAGAUCAACCGCAACAGUGA